AUGGACAAGCGGAAUUAUACAGCUGUGACUGAGUUUCUUCUGAUUGGGCUUUCUCAUUACCCAGCCCUCCAAAUAUCUCUUUACGUUCUCUGCCUGAUGAUGUACCUUGUGAUCUUAUUGGGAAACAGCAUCCUCAUUAUCAUCAGCAUGCUAGAUCCCCACCUUCACACUCCUAUGUAUUUUUUCCUUGGGAACCUCUCCUUCUUAGACAUAUGUUACACAUCUUCCUCUAUUCCUCAAAUUGUUAGUAAAUUUAUGUCUGAGAGAAAAUCCAUUUCCUUCACUGGAUGUGCACUACAAUGGUUAUUUCUCUUGGCCUGGGCUGUACAGAAUGUGUUGCUUCUGGCUGUGAUGGCGUUUGACCGGUAUGUUGCCAUCUGCAAUCCCCUGAGAUACACCAUCAUAAUGAACAAGGGACUCUGUAUCCAGAUGGCAACUUGGACCUGGGUGUUAGGCUUUCUGUAUUCCCUGCUACUCACUCUACUGGCUAUGACGAGACCUUUCUGUAACAAUAUCAUUGACCAUCUUACCUGUGAGAUCCUGGCUCUUCUCAAACUUAUCUGUGGAGACAUUUCCCUCAAUGUGUUUAUCAUGACAGUUGGAAAUUUUGUUUUCUUAGUCAUCCCUUUGCUGCUCAUUUUCUUCUCCUAUGUCUUCAUCCUGUCCACUAUUCUGAGGAUCAAGUCUAGUGAGGGGAGGAAGAAAGCCUUUUCUACCUGCUCAGCCCACCUGACUGUGGUGAUCUUAUUCUAUGGCUCAGCCCUUUUCAUGUAUAUGAAGCCCCAAUCAAAGGACACUAAGACUUCUGAUGAGCUCAUAGGACUAUCCUAUGGGAUAGUGACUCCAAUGCUGAACCCUAUCAUCUAUAGCUUCAGGAACAAGGAGGUGAAGCAGGGUAUGGAGAAAGUCCUGACCAGAAAGCUGUAUUUGAGGAAAAUAUGA